GAGGUUACAGAGCCUGACUGGACUGAGGCGCUCGGCUGCCAAGACUCACACACUGCCUGCUGCUGCUGCUGCUGUUUCUGCUCUGGACAAGUGAGGAGAGCACACCGAAGAGGGAGAGGGGGACGAAAAGGGAGACGGCUGCGAGGGCUGGGAAGAGGCAGCGAGAGAGGAGAGCCCCAGGGAAGGCAAGAGAAAGAGGGAUCCCCCUCCCCUCCCACUCUUCUACCUUGAGACUCUCCGUGGCGCAAGGAAAAAGACUGAAGCCGAAGAAAGUGCCAGCGGGGGUGGCUGGGGGGGGGGAGAGAAUAAAUAAAUAAAGGUUCUUAACUUUGAACGCCUCGAAGCGGGAUUGGGAAGCGUGGAGGAGGCAGCCGCCUUUCGAGCCUCGGCCACAGAAGCCCCCGCCGGAGCUUCAAUGCACUAUUCCAAGCUCUUUCUGGUUUCCUUCUUGAGGUAACUUUUUGGGAGGACUUGUGGCUGCGGUUGCGGGUGAAGGUGCUUGGAGGUGAGCGGGGAGCCUCGGAAGAAGCAGAAGAAGGAGGAAAGGAAGAGCAGAGACAGGCAGCAAGAGGGAGAAGAAAGUUUCUUUCGUGAAACCGGGCGAGCUCUUUCCGUUUUGUUUUUUGGUCGUUGCUUCGCGGAGAGGAGAAGAUGAUGUGGGCGAGCGGCGGCGGCGGCGGCAUCCGAAGCGGUGGGGACCUUCUGUGUCUGCUCACCCUCUUGCUGGGUUUCUUACUGCCCGCCUGCAGGACUCGCUUGUACACCAACCACUGGGCUGUGAGGAUAACUGGCGGGAUCCAAGAAGCCAACAGGAUAGCUAGCAAGUACGGCUACAUCAAUAUAGGACAGAUUGGAGCGCUGAAGGAUUACUACCACUUCUACCAUAGUAAAACAAUUAAAAGGUCAGUUCUCUCAAGUAGAGGUACUCACAGCUUCAUUUCAAUGGAACCAAAGGUGGAAUGGAUAGAACAGCAGGUUGUAAAAAUAAGGAUAAAAAGGGAUUACAAAUCUGGUGGCAUCCAGUCCAUGUUUUUUAAUGAUCCAAAAUGGCAAAGCAUGUGGUACAUGCACUGCAGUGAUAAUACAAACCUCUGUCAGUCAGAUAUGAACAUUGUAGGUGCCUGGAGAAGAGGCUACACUGGAAAGAACAUUGUGGUCACCAUCUUGGAUGAUGGCAUUGAAAGAACCCAUCCAGACUUGGCACAAAAUUAUGACCCAGAUGCCAGUUUUGAUGUCAAUGGUAACGAUAUUGACCCCAUGCCUCGCUAUGAUGCCAGCAAUGAAAAUAAGCAUGGAACCCGUUGUGCUGGAGAAGUAGCAGCUACAGCAAACAAUUCACACUGUGUAGUAGGAAUUGCAUUUAAUGCCAGAAUUGGAGGAGUACGGAUGCUAGAUGGUGAUGUUACUGACAUGGUAGAAGCAAAAUCUCUUAGCCUCAAUCCCCAACAUAUACAUAUCUACAGUGCUAGCUGGGGUCCUGAUGAUGAUGGGAAGACAGUUGAUGGACCUGCUUCUUUAACACGCCAGGCCUUUGAGAAUGGCGUCAGAACGGGUCGAAACAACUUGGGUUCCAUUUAUGUUUGGGCAUCUGGAAAUGGUGGAAGGAGUAAGGAUCAUUGUUCCUGUGAUGGUUACACCAAUAGCAUCUACACUAUCUCCAUCAGCAGCACUGCUGAAAGUGGCCGGAAACCUUGGUAUCUGGAAGAAUGUGCCUCUACACUAGCCACAACUUACAGCAGCGGAGAAUCCUAUGACAGGAAAAUAAUCACUACAGACCUACGGCAACGUUGCACAGACAGCCACACAGGAACAUCAGCAUCUGCACCUAUGGCUGCAGGAAUCAUUGCAUUGGCACUGGAAGCAAAUCGUUUACUGACAUGGAGAGAUAUACAGCAUAUUAUUGUAAGGACUUCACGGGCAGGACAUUUGAUUGCUAAUGACUGGAAAACAAAUGCUGCUGGUUACAAGGUUAGCCACCUAUAUGGAUUUGGGUUGAUGGAUGCUGAAGCCAUGGUGCUAGAAGCAGAAAAGUGGACAACAGUCCCUCCACAGCAUGUGUGUGUUGAGAACACAGACCGGCAAAUCAAAACAAUACGACCAGAUAAUAUUCGUAAUGGACCAGAUAAUGGUGUUCGCUCAAUAUACAAAGCUACAGGCUGCGCAGAUAAUGCCAAUCACCAUGUAAUCUAUCUGGAGCAUGUUGUAGUACGCAUCACUAUCACGCAUCCCCGGAGGGGUGACUUGGCAAUUUAUUUGACUUCUCCUUCUGGAACAAGAUCUCAGCUAUUGGCUAACAGGUUGUUUGACCAUUCCAUGGAAGGGUUUAAAAACUGGGAGUUCAUGACAACUCAUUGCUGGGGUGAAAAAGCAACUGGUGACUGGAUUUUAGAAAUUUAUGACACCCCAUCACAGCUGAGGAAUGUCAAGACUCCAGGUAAAUUGAAAGAAUGGUCCUUAGUACUUUAUGGGACGUCCAUCCAGCCUUACUCUCCAAGAAAUGUUUUUCCAAAAGCUGAACGAGUGCGCUCAAGUCCAAUAGAAGAGCCUACAGAAGAUUAUGGAGCAGAUGACUAUGCAGGGCCAUGCAAUGCAGAGUGCAGUAAAGUAGGAUGUGGUGGGCCAGGACCAGACCACUGCAAUGAAUGUCUACACUAUUACUACAAAUCUAAAAACAACACACGCAUCUGUGUUCCCAACUGUCCACCCGGUCACUACAGUGCAGACAAGAAGCGUUGCAAAAAAUGCUCACCCAACUGUGAAACAUGUUUUGGAAGUCACAGUGAUGAAUGUAAUACCUGUAAACCAGGUUAUUAUAUCAAUGAAGAGUCUAGAAGUUGUAUUACCAACUGCCCAGGUGGUUUUUACCUGGACAAUAAUAGGAUUGUCUGCCGUAGAUGCAGUGAAACCUGUAAGACAUGCACUGAAUUUCAAACCUGCACAGAAUGCAGACAUGGCUUAAGUUUACAAGGAUCCAGAUGUGUUAUCCGCUGUGAAGAAGGAAAAUAUUAUAAUGGCAGGGAUUGUGAGCCAUGCCACCAUUCCUGUGCUUCUUGUGCAGGCCCAGGAGCAGAAGCUUGCAUAAACUGCACGGAAGAGUAUCUUAUGGAGAAUGGAAGAUGUGUGCUGGCUUGUAACAAUGGCUACUACUUCGAUCACUCUCUAGAAAAUGGAUACAAAACUUGCAAAAGAUGUGACCUCAGCUGUUUUGGGUGCAGUGGUCCAAGUGAGAAAAACUGUACAAGUUGUCCAAAUGGCUAUAUCUUAGAUACAGGUCUCUGCGUAGUUGGUCUAGUCUGUAAAGAUGCAACGGAAGAAUCUUGGGCCGAAGGAGGCUUCUGUAUGCUAGUGAAAAAGAAUAAUCUUUGCCAACGGAAAGUGCUUCAGCAACUUUGUUGCAGAACAUGUACACUAAAAGGCUGAAUUGGCACCUUUCUGAGUUCUCUUGCUCCUGUAGACUUAUAGAUUAAUCCAUACUAUUAAAAAUGAAAAAAGCAAACCACCUUUCUCUUUCUCUUUCUAUAACUCCCCUUUGGGGAGACAGUGAACUUUAUGUUGGAACUUAAAAUAGAAAACUACAACAAGCCUACCUUUCAUUACUGGGUGUUUAGAACAAAGCAUCCCGUAUCACAGUGUCAGUAUGGUGUGACCAAAGCAUUUGAUGCCAAAAUUAAAGUUAUUUGAUUUCCUGUCAAUUUAAGGAUGUCCCUGGGUUGUUGUUGUUGUUGUUGUUGUUUUAAAAAAUUAUCCUUUCCUUUUUCCUGCUUGUUUCCCCUUCAAGAUGUGUAGAGCAUUUCAAGAAAACAACACAAGUUUACAUGGAUUAAAAUAGAAGGAAAAAUGUGCUUGCAUUAGUCUUUUUUAUGGUUAUAUAAUCAGAAUGAGGAAGAACAGUAGGUAAUCAAGCAAUCCCUGAAAGAAUUAGGAACAUCUUUUGUUGCAGGGCUGUACGCUGCAACCACUGAAAUGUUAAAAGGCAUAAAUGUUUCUGCAUAAGGUUUCUAGUCAUAUCCUAUGUUGUGCGGUAUUUUUGCAUUAUACUGCAUUUUUUACAUUUGCAAAACUUUUUUUAAAAAAAUUAACCAGGUCAACCGGCAUGUUUUGGAAUCUGAUAUUUUUGUCAUACUUCUUUUUAAUGGCUUUUUGGAAGGUGCAAAGUCCAUAAAACCUUCAGGGCUUUCAUCUUGCUAUGAAUAAACUCCGAAAGGUAUAAAGCCCUCUUGCUUUUAGAAGUGUAGCUUUCAUACUUGAAUAUGGACUGCACCAGUAACUGUAAAAUAUUCAUAUUAUAUAUAUGGAAUUACUUGUUUAGGCAUGGGCCAUGACUUCUGAUCAGUCAAGAAAAAAUAUCAUAAUAAAGGGGAAAGAAGUGUAAAAAGGCCAUGUUAAUUUAAAUGAACAAAGUCAAUCAGUAGUCAACAACCAGGUAAUAUAAUAUAUACAAAUAGAGAAAUAUCAAUAGAUGGAUUCCAUUUCAUCCUCAAAAGGUGUCCUUCAUUAGGAAAAUAUACAUACAUUUAAAAAGACAAAGGAUUGCAUCCGCUGUUAGUCCAUGUUAGACUAAAAUUGGAUACAACCCCAGAACUGCCCAGCAAUCUAUUACUAACCCAGUAAUGUUUCAUUAAUUAUUCAUUAAUAUUACCUACUGCUUGUUUGACUAGUGAUAGACCUGGUUUAUUUAAAUUAAUCAUUUAUUUAUUUUUACAUUUCCCCCUCAACUUUUGUUCUUUUGGUUAAGGUGAGGUUAUUUUAUGCUUUGUUGAGGUUGCCAUGACUUUGAGCCACCAGCACCCAAAUUCAGAAACUCCUUGUGUCAUGGAAACUGUGAUGCGUACAUGGAUUCCCCAUUCACUUCACUGGAUAAAACAGCUCUAUUCCUGCAUCCUUUUAUACAGAUAGAGGUGCCUUUUCUAUGGAAGUGAAAAUCACACACACACAUAUUAUCAUACAUGCAUUAUAAUGUGCAUGCAUACCAUUCUGAAAGAAAAUAUGCAACAGCUUAUACAUGAAUAUGGCUUAUUCUAUAUGAAGCACACCUGAUUCAUUCAUGGUAGACUGUUUUCUGUCCACUAGUUACAUUCUCUGGAUUUGCAAUGGUGUAAAAGGAACAAUGAGAUCCAGAUUGCAAUGGAACUUCUACAAACAUUUGCAUGAUUAGCAUCUAUAACUGGAAUUAAUAUACUGAACCAAAUUCAAUUAUUGAUGUGCAUACAUCAUCAAUGUUACAUCAAAAAUGAAGUAAUUUGGUAAUUGUGCAAUAAUAAGAGAUAACUUAUAGUUUUAAACCAGGUGCUAUUCUUGUUCUACUAUCUUAGGAUAAGUAGAGAAAAUCUCUAAAAGAAACUCAAAACUUCAUACUAGUAUCUGGAAACAGUACUGGAAUACACUUCAUCAAUCUUUGGUGACCAAUUGAUGAGCAAAGCAUUCAUACAUUACAAAAUAAGUUAAACUUCUAAUAGUUGCUUUAUGAUAAAUCCAGCCAUUUUUGUCCCCUUCAAAAUAAUUUCUAUUUCACUAUGUAUAACACUGACAUGUAAAGCAAUUUCAUUUAUAAUGAAAGAAAACAGGGCUGCCUAGCCUCUUUAAAACUCUAUAAUGGACCUGAAGCAUUAGAAAUAAAUGUGGCAGUUUGCAAAUGCUUUCUUUUUAAAGUAAAGCUGAGUUAUUGCAAAAGAUAUCUUUAUGUAGAUCACACAGAAAAUAUUUUUCUGAAAAGAAUAAGCAUUUUUUAAGAUUAAAAUUUGAAAUGAUCUCCUUGGGCCUCAAGUUUUGAAGACAUCCAAUAAUUCUUAAAUAGCUAUUCAUUAUUAUAAUCUUAAACAUAUGAAUAGAAAAGGACUAGGUGCAUACUUAAUGUUAAUGAAGUCCAAACGAUCUUGUCAACUGGCCUUUAUAUUAUAUUCUAGAGAAAACUUUCUGAUUUAAGAAAAAUCCUAUUGCACAACAUAAAAUAAUUAAAAUGUAGAACUAAUUCGAGAGCCUUGUUACUAAGAAUGGUCAGCGGACAAUACAACUCUUCUCUAAUAUACACAAGAUCCACACAAUGUGAAAAAUUGCAUUUGUUCUAAGUAACCUGUAGAGAAUGAACAAGGAAGUUGUUUUUCACAAACACACAAACAGCUCUCAGGUAGCCUACUCCUGUUGCUACAUCAUAAAGAGUGAGCUACAAUACAGAAGGAAAGAAAUGUACAGAGAUUGUGUAGAACUGGUUAUGAAAAUAACUAGAAUAGAAAGAGAGUUCACAAGUAGAGGAACUAUGGUCAAUUAGUUUACUUCAGCUGGUGAUGCUAAUAGUACUUUUGUCUUGCAAGUGGUAAAAAAAAAAUGGAAAAAGUCAGAUGUGGUGUCCCUCAUCCAGCUAAAUUAGUUGUGAUAAAAUCCCAUUGAAAUCGGUGGGGCUUAAAUUAAUCACAAAUAAUUUGUCGAACUUAGUUCAGUGGGAAUUAAGGGUGAUUUACAUAAACUGGGUUGGGGCUGGUGACUGUGUCUUCUAGGAAACCACAGCCAGCAUGAUAUGUUUAAUUCCAUUGAUUCCCAGCUUCUUACUAAAAGUUAUGAAACUAUCACAACUUGUACUGGUUUAACUACUAGUACUGUUUGGACUGCCUCAUUUCUCUACAUAACAUUAUUAACUAGAAAAUAAUGCUUUCAAAGUUUAAAUUAAUGGUAUAUAUAUAUUAUAUAAAUAAAUAUAUUAUAUUCCUUAUUGUGAUAUAAUGUAUUGAAUUGUAAAGAAUUUAUUUGGAUACUUACAAAUGCUUCUAAUACAACUGUAGAGAAGAAUUUAAUUUUUUUUAAAUACUGACACAUUGUUAAAUCCUGAAACAUUUUUACUGAAGACUACUGUACAAGUGUAAAAUGUCCAGUUGUUAUUUGUAAAAUAGGGUAGUACUGUUGUAAUUGAUAUUGGCCAAAAUCAAUGUUAUUCCAUAUUUUAUUUUUUCUAUUAAAUUAACCUAAGUUCUUGUUCUUUUGGUCUAGGAAGCACAUUUAUGAGUCAUACAUAAAAUCUUAUGCUUGAAAGGAGAACUACUUUUCCUGGGCUCCUCCACACACCCCUUCCUCUCCCACCCUCAA